AUGGCUAUUUCUUCCGCCAUUUCCCCUUGCUUUUACUUCCUUCACAACAGCAGAAGUAGAAGUGGAUACAGGAUCAGGCCCCCGAAUCCACAGUCAUCUCAAAUCCAGACGUCUGUCAAGUGCUCCCAUAUAGGGCUGUACUAUCCAGCCAGUGAGGAUAUGCACGGGUCCCCUCAUCGCAGGUUCGGGUGGCUGUCGUGGGCAUGUGCUUGGACUGCUAGGGGUGGAAGACUCCAGAACGAAACGCCGUCCCAGAUGACGGUCUACGGUGUACUUAGGGAUAGGGUAAGUUCGGACUACAGUCGGGCAAUCCGGCCGGCGGAAAAGGGUUCCGAGCAGCAGUCACGAGAUUGCGGUUUCGGCCCCGCUGCCUGA